UUGAUUUUAGCUGCGAAUGGGCAACCACGUAUCGGUCACAUUUUACCCAAAAACACCCAGGGACCAUCUGGAUAUUAGCUAAUUUGUUGAUCUGUAUAUCAAUUAUGUUGUUGAUUUUUCUACUGCAGCUCAUCAACAGCUUUGAGGGUUUAUCUAGAGCUAAACAUGAGACCCUGUGCACCUCUAACGCCUGCUUCACCCUGCAUAUGAACAGGGUGAGCUUUGGGGAUGCCCGUCAGAGCUGUGUGGACAAUGGAGGUUAUCUGAUGACAGUCAGAGACAGAGAAGAAGAGGAUGUGCUGCGUUCACUUCUCUCACACAUCGAAAGACAACAUCACGACAGGGCACUUAAAUUUUGGAUUGGAUUAAAACUGCACAGUGGGGACUGCGUGUUACAUGACAAGAAUCUCAAGGGGUUUAAGUGGGUUUCUGGCGAGGAAGAUUCCCACUACUCCAACUGGGGAAAAGAACCUGACGCGACAUGCACAGCGGAGAGAUGUGUUCAUUAUACUUUAUCAGGUCAGAACCAACUGAAUUGGAUUGAUGGACCUUGCAAAAGGCAGUUUUUUUAUGCUUGCAAGUUUUACUUUAAGGGAAUGUGCAAACCGUUGGCUCUGUUGGGGCCUGGACAAAUAACCUACAUAGCGCCCUUCUCAGAUGAGCCACAGAGAAGUGAAAUGCAAUCAUUUCCACUCGGAACGUAUGCUGAAAUUGAAUGCAGUGACAAAGCACCUAAGUACUCUGUAUGCAACAGGAUUGGAGACAUUUAUCGUUGGAGUGUCCCUGGUCCAUUUUGCAAUACAGGAAAGCAAAACUGCACAAUAAACAAUGGCAGUGGUGACACCUGUGAGCAUCAGUGCGUAAUGGGGGAGUCAGGAUAUUCCUGCACAUGUCCUGAUGGUUUCAAACUGGAUGCAAACCAACGCAGCUGCUCUGACACUGAUGAGUGCCAGUCACAAGUCUGUGGGCAUCAUUUCUGUUAUAAUACGCCUGGCAGUUACACGUGUGAGUGUAUAGACGGCUACGAAAUGGUCGACGGUAAGUGCAGUGAUAUGGAUGAGUGCGUGCAAUCAAGAUGCGAACACAGCUGCUUGAACAGUAUUGGAUCCUUCUCUUGUUACUGCAAUAAGGGGUUCAAUUUAUCCGAGGAUGGCCACUCGUGUGUAGACAUAAAUGAAUGCGUCAGUAAUCACUGUCAGUUCAAUUGUGUCAAUACGCUAGGCAGCUUCUUGUGCACAUGCCCGCAAGGCUUCCACAUGGAGACAAAUGGAUCAAGUUGCGCUCCAGAUAUGAAAGAGACAGCUGUUUCAUCAGACGGCCCAGCUGAGGAGGAAACACAAGAAAACUUAACAGAGUCUUUGACCAGAACCACUGUCGAGCUUCAACACCAGUCCCCCCACACUGAAGCACCGCUUCCACAACUGGUGAACGUCACGCACGGUAAUCCGCAGAGCAACACAUCCUUGGUGACAAGUUUUGUCAGUACUGUUAAUUCCAGAGUGAUCAUCUGCGUCCUUGGUUCAGUCAUUCCUCUGCUGCUGCUGGUUGCAGUGACUCUGGCUAUUGCAAUUUUUCGAUGCAGUCGCUCUAAAAAAGAAGCCAAGAAAAAUACCUCCACGGAUCGCUACUGUUGGGUGUCCUCUGGUUUGGAUCCACGUUUAGAAAAACUAUAUGAGUCCAUCUUGACUGAUGAACCAUGACCUGAUAGCGAUGUAGAAGACCUGGGUUAUUGUGUUUAUUUAUGUAAUUUAUGUUCUUGCAACCUCGCAAAAAACUUUGUCCAUCAGAUGGUGAUUUGUUUUUGGCAAAAAGCAAAAACACAUAUUGUGUAGAAAUAUAGUGGGUAAAAAAUAGAAAAAUAUGCUAAAUCUGGCUGUGCAAGAACUAUCAAAGUGCAAAAAUGUGUUAUAGGUGUUGAUGGUAUCAAGGAGAUAUGAAGGGAUUUGUAUGACGAAGCUGACUGGGUUUUGAGAACUGAUCUAUUACUAGAUGCCAUUUGAUUUGAGAAAGUUGUGAUGUAAGAAGUUGAAAGUGAGCAAUUUAACGUUAAGUUCAGUCAGCUAAUGUUGACAUUUGUCUACAACCGACAACAUUUUCUGCUAUUUUACCUAUAGAUGUGUUUGAGUACUAAUUGUGCCACUGCCUGCUCACUAAAUCUGUGACACAUCAUAAAGCAUCACACACAUAUACCUCCCAUUGACCCCGUACCCGAGAAACCGGAGGCCCCCAGUGAGUAACGUUAAUUACAUGACAGUGUUUGGAGCUGGUCCCUAUGGAAUUCCCAUUACAAGCUCCUUUUUUGGGCCACUUUGCGGAAACAAGUUGAAAACAACAUGUGGUUUACAUAAGUCCAUAAUAUCCAUUCUCCUUUAGCUCCAUUUUUGGUCUCUGGGAAAUUUCUGACUCUUGAGCUGCUAAAUGUGUUCGCUAGCUUGUAGCUAACUGUGUGCUGUUUGGUGCUGAGCAGAUAGUGUACUGUGAGUUUUUAGAGCUUUUUCUCUGAAAAAAACUGCCUGCUGCAGCUGAGAACAACACUAUGAGAGCGGAGAGACUGAACCAAAACAGUAAAGUUGCAUUGUCAUUUGAUACACUGUAAUUAUUGAUCAUAGCCGCUUUGAAUACAUGCAAUAUUUGCAUUUGAAAUAUAGUGAAGUACCUCAACAUUGUAUGAAAAUACAGUACUUGAGCAAAUGUACUUACUUUCCACCACUGGCACAGGGAUGUAUUUAUGCACAAACCAAACUAAACACAUUUUACUGCUCUAUUAUCAUAUCUGAUACUGGUGUAAAUAUGAUACUGAUAAACAUGUAUCAGAGUUUCAUAUCAAUAUAUGUUAUAUGAUGACAAAGUCAUGCUAGAAGUCAACGACAAAGUAGUUUGUUCCAAAAUAUUUUUUUGUUCGCAUGUUUUGUUUAUGUUUGCAUUAUGAUGACAAUUUUCUUCACUAACCUUGGGGAAAAAAACACUAGCACAUUUUUAUCUCACUUCCUUCCGGUCUUUAACUUUGUCAUUGUUCUGAGGGGUGUUUUUUCCGGAGUAGGUAGCCACAGGCUCUCACUUAUCCAUUAAUUUAGCCAGCCAACAUUGUUAGAGGAUCUACUGCAAGACAUCAUGGCCCGCUUGCAUCUCACUGUGUUUGUGCCAUUGAAGGUAUUGACAAUAACUAUUUUAAUGUCAGUUAUUUUGUUGUUGUCUAUUGAGACAGGAUUUGGCCUGAAACAGACCUGUAGGCCUUUUUGUACUGGGAGUGACUGCAUAACUGUAAACCAAGAAAGAGUGGAUUUUAAAACAGCUGAGGAAGCAUGCCAUGACAGGAAUGGAGAGCUCUUGACAUUUCUGUCUGAGAUAGAUGAGACCAUCCUUGACAUUUUGAGUCAAGAUUUGUAUGGAAACUUUUGGAUUGGACUACAUUUACCAGCUGGAGCCUGCAGCAAUCUUUCAGCUCCACUGAGAGGCUAUGAGUGGACCUCUGGCAGCAUGCACCCGAGCUUUAUUCCAUCUUCAAUCACCUGGGCAGACCGUGUUAAAGUCUGCUCUCCACGCUGUGUGACAUGUUCAAAUGGUCAAAAGUGGACAGAGAGGCUGUGCUCUGACAAGACGGAUGGCUUUCUGUGCAAAACAAAGCACAAAGAUGCAUGCCAGGCACAAAAAUUAUCAGAUAAAAUUUUUUUCCAGAGCUCCAAAGGCUGUUCAAGUGGCCCCUGUGAGCAUUUAUGCACAGAUGUAAAAGGUGGUUAUAAAUGCUCUUGUUACAGAGGAUAUAUCCCAGACAGCAAGGACCUGAGCAGGUGUAAAGUGUACUGUGGGGAACAGAAAUGCCAUGCAAUAUGUGAGGGAGACAAUGACACAUGCUUCUGUCCUGAUGGCUUUCUUCGGACUGGUAAAUUUUGUGAGGACAUUGAUGAAUGUAUCAUGGACUGGUGUGAUCAAGAGUGUAAAAACACUUUUGGAGGUUUUGUGUGUUCCUGCAGAAAAGGAUUUGUACUUGAUGAUGAUAAAGUCAAUUGCAUCAAAGCACAGGACAGUGAAAGCUUUGUGAUCACAACCCCUAUUUCCAUAGGUUUUGUCGCAAACAAUACUACACUGAAGGGUUCUUAUGCGACCACUGGUGGUUUCCUCUGGCUGUGGAUUUUUGUUGCUUUGACUGUGGUAGUGUCUAUAUUUGUGAUACGGUUUUAUGUUGUUAAGCGUCAGAAGCGGAGAGAACAAAACUCUACUGCUCCUGUGGACAAUAUUGAGUGUUAAAUCAAGUCUAAAAAAUGAUGAACACUAACUCCACCAGUCUCUUUAGCAUUCACAAUUUGGGAGACUUGCCCAUUACAUUUAUCAGAUUGCUGCUGUGGGAAAGAUCUCAGAAUUAACUGUUCUGAUUCAGGUCUCUGAUUUUUGAAUAUACAGAGGUAAUGUAUUAUAAAAUAUCAAUAAUAUUAAUAAUAUAAUUACAUUUGAAAUGUAGGGGGGUAUGGAUAAUACGUCUUCCAGAAAUGGAUAUACACUAUUUUAUUCCUAACUCCUAAUUAAAAGCAGCUCUUAAUUCAAAUAAGAAGUCGAUUCAAAUUUUAACUUUAAUUAAAGUCCUUAUAUAUACGUUUCAGGACUAUAAAGUUGUCUGUGUCCCAGGUGGAGCUGAGAGUUAAUUUUGAUAUACCGCUUGGUAGCUGAUAAAUAUUAACUCUUGUUUUUUUAGCUCAGCAUAUGUUUCUUUAGUAAAAUGUUUAUCUGCAUUAAGUAAACCUUUCAGUCAAAAGUAAAAUGGAGUUGAUUAGAAAAAAGUCCUAAGGGAAAGUGCCAGCUCCUUAAUAUGUUACUUUUAUUCAUUACCAUAAAUGUGGACUGUGUUCUUUUCAAGGUUUUUUCUUUAUAGCAUAAACAUAUUUUUUGUGUGCAUGUGCAUUUAACUUUGUAAAAGAUGAGUUUUGAAGUACACAAGUGAAAUUGCUUGUAAUAUGGAACAAUAGAGGGAGAUUUCAUGUGUCAUUCUCUGUCAUUCAUUCACUCAUAAAAACAAUUCAUUGUCGUCAUCAUUCUCAUCCUCAGUGUGCCACUGCCGCCUAGUGUUCUUUUGAAUAAACUGCUGAAGAGUCA